AUGGCUGUCAAGAUCCCCAAAGUCCAACGCAUCGAUCGCUCCAAUGUGAAUGCUAUCAUUCAAGCAAUCAUCCAAGAUGGUUGUUGUGUGAUCAAGAACUUCACCGACGCAGCGACCGUUCACACGGCGAACGCGGAAGUGCAGCCAUAUCUGGAGGCCGAUAAACCAUGGAAGGGCGACCUCUUCCCCCCCGAAACCCGACGAUGCACCAACCUGGCCGGACGCAGCCUGACCGUGCGCGAGACCUUCCUGGUCGACCCGCUCGUCCGAGCCCUAACCGCCACCUUCAUCGACAAGACCACCUCCAACUUCUACGGCGAGACGAAGCACACCUACACCAGCGAGGCCGUCUGCUCCAUCGCGAUGACCUUCGACAUCGGUCCCGGAGCCCAGGCCCAGCGUCUGCACCGCGACGACAAGAACUACCACGUCGACCACGCGGAUCAAUCCGCGGAAGGGUACCGGGUGGGCUCCGACGUGAUGAUGGCGUUUAUGGUCCCCGGGGUGCGGACCACGGUGGAGAACGGCGCCACGAUCGCCAUCCCCGGCAGCCAUCUGUGGGGGUCCGAUCGGGCGCCCCGGCUCGACGAGGCGGUCGCCGCCGAACUGGACGUGACGGACUGCUGGGUCAUGCUGGGGGGGCUGUACCAUGCGGGCGGUGCGAAUGUCACCGCCGCGGAACGCCGCAUCGUGCAUGGAAUGUUCUUCUCGCGCGGGUUCCUGCGCCAGGAGGAAAACGUCUACCUCGCGAACGUGCCAGAGGAGGUGCUGUCGUGGUCGCCGGCAGCGCAGCGGGUGAUGGGGUAUGGGCUGUCGAGUCCGAAUAUUGGGUUCGUAGGGUUCCAAACCCCCGUGCAGUAUUUGCGCGGGGAAGCGGUGGAGGCAUUCGGGGAUUUCGAUCCAUCGCAGGAGCACAAGGUUGGGAAGGAGAAUUUGAUUGGCGUUUGAUUGGGUUGUCG